AUGAAGCAGAAGAGUCCCAAGGCAGAAAGGUUUCACCUGCAUGGAAAUAAAAGUGGAACUCAGGGCCUUUUCUCUUUCUUGCUUGCAGACGAUGGACCUUACUCCAAAGGGGGCAAGGAUGCAGGAGGGACCGACGUGGCCCUGGCAUGCCGCAGACAGAGCAUUCCAGAGGAGUUCCGCGGGGUCACCGUGGUGGAGCUGACCAAGAAGGAAGGCAGCACGCUGGGCCUAACCAUCUCAGGUGGCACCGACAAGGAUGGGAAGCCCAGGGUCUCCAACCUGAGACCAGGGGGGCUCGCAGCCAGGAGUGACCUGUUGAACGUGGGCGACUAUAUUCGGUCAGUGAACGGGAUCCACCUGACCAGGCUCCGCCAUGAUGAGAUCAUCACCCUGCUCAAGAAUGUGGGCGAGCGCGUGGUGCUGGAGGUGGAGUAUGAGCUGCCCCCGCCCGCCCCUGAGAACAGCCCAGGGAUCGUCACAAAGACAGUGGACGUCUCCCUGUACAAGGAGGGCAAUAGCUUUGGCUUUGUCCUCAGAGGGGGUGCCCAUGAAGACGUACAUAAGACCCGCCCGCUCGUCCUGACCUGUGUCCGGCCUGGCGGCCCUGCAGACAGGGAAGGUUCCUUGAAGGUGGGCGACAGGCUGCUCAGCGUUGAUGGGAUCCCGCUGCACGGGGCCAGCCAUGCCACUGCCAUGGCCACGCUGCAACAGUGCAGCCACGAGGCGCUCUUCCAGGUGGAGUAUGAUGUGGCCAUCCCAGACACAGUGGCCAAUGCUUCGGGGCCCUUGAUAGUGGAGAUAACCAAGACGCCUGGGUCUGCCCUGGGGAUCUCGCUCACCACCGGCUCCCACCGGAACAAGACAGUCAUCACUAUCGACCGCAUCAAGCCAGCCAGUGUGGUGGACAGGAGUGGGGCCCUACAUGCUGGAGACCACAUCCUGUCCAUCGACGGCACCAGCACAGCACACUGCUCGCUUCUGGAGGCCACCAAGCUCCUGGCCAACGUGUCAGAGAAAGUGCGGCUAGAGAUCCUGCCAGCACCCCAAAGUCGGCGGCCCCUGAAACCGUCAGAGGCAGUGAAGGUGCAGAGGAGCGAACAGCCACAUCGCUGGGACCCCUGCGUGCUCUCCUGCCACAGCCCGCGGCCCGGCCACUGCAGGACGCCCACCUGGGCCACACCUGCCGGCCAGGACCAGAGCCGAUCCUUGUCCUCGACUCCCUUUUCCUCGCCGACCAUGAAUCAUGCCUUUCCCUGCACCAACCCCAGCACCCUUCCCCGUGGAUCCCACCCCAUGAGCCCCCGGACCACAAUGGGGCGGAGGAGGCAGCGAAGAAGGGAGCACAAGAGCUCAUUGUCACUGGCCUCCAGCACUGUGGGGCCAGGGGGACAGAUCGUGCACACGGAGACCACGGAGGUCAUACUUUGCGGAGACCCCCUCAGCGGCUUCGGCCUCCAGCUCCAGGGUGGCAUCUUUGCCACCGAGACCCUUUCUUCCCCUCCACUCGUGCGCUUCAUCGAGCCCGACAGCCCAGCAGAGAGGUGUGGGCUGCUGCAGGUGGGAGACCGGGUCCUGUCCAUCAAUGGUAUUGCCACCGAGGACGGGACGAUGGAGGAAGCUAACCAGCUGCUGCGGGACGCAGCACUGGCCCACAGGGUCGCACUGGAGGUCGAGUUUGAUGUGGCAGAGUCCGUCAUCCCGAGCAGCGGUACGUUCCACGUGAAGCUGCCCAAGAGGCGUGGAGUGGAGCUGGGCAUCACCAUUGGCUCGACCAGCAGGAAGCGAGGAGAGCCCCUCAUCAUCUCUGACAUCAAGAAGGGCAGCGUGGCACACAGGACCGGCACCCUUGAGCCAGGAGACAAGCUUCUGGCCAUCGACAAUAUCCGCCUGGACAACUGCCCCAUGGAGGACGCUGUGCAAAUCCUGCGGCAGUGCGAGGACCUGGUGAAGCUGAAGAUCCGGAAGGACGAGGACAACUCCGAUGAACAGGAGACCACAGGUGCCAUUAGCUACACAGUGGAACUGAAACGUUACGGGGGUCCCCUGGGUAUCACCAUUUCGGGCACAGAGGAGCCUUUUGACCCCAUUGUCAUCUCGGGCCUCACCAAGCGUGGUCUGGCUGAGAGGACUGGCGCUAUCCACGUUGGGGAUCGCAUCCUGGCCAUCAACAGCGUCAGCCUCAAGGGCCGGCCUCUGAGUGAGGCCAUCCACCUCCUGCAGGUGGCUGGUGAGACUGUCACACUGAAGAUCAAGAAGCAGCUAGACCGCCCCCUCCCACACCGCAAGUCGGGCAGCCUCAGCGAGGCCAGCGAUGCAGAUGAGGACACUCCAGAGGCGCUCAAAGGAGGCUUGCUGGCAGCCCGGUUCUCCCCUGCCGUGCCCAGCGUGGACAGCGCCGUGGAGUCCUGGGACAGCUCGGCCACAGAGGGGGGGUUUGGGGGCCCAGGCUCCUACACUCCACAGGCGGCGGCUCGGAGUGUGACCCCCCAGGAGUGGCGGCCCAGCCGGCUGAGAAGCAGCCCCCCACCCACGGAGCCCCGGAGGACAAGCUACACCCCAGCCCCCACAGACGAGAGCUUCCCCGAGGAGGAGGAGGAGGAGGAGGAGGAGGAGGAGGACUGGGAGCCACCAACUAGCCCAGCCCCUGGCCCUGCCCGUGAGGAGGGCUUCUGGCGCAUGUUCGGGGAAGCCCUCGAAGACCUGGAGUCGUGUGGUCAGUCAGAGCUGCUGAGGGAACUGGAGGCAUCCAUCAUGACGGGCACGGUGCAGAGCGUGGCCCUUGAGGGCAGGCCUGGCCACCGGCCCUGGCGGAGGAGCCAGGAGGUACGAGCGUCCCCUGAAGAGACACAGGAGCUGCUUGUGCCGACACCCUUAGAGAUGCACAAGGUGACACUGCACAAGGACCCUUUGCGGAAUGACUUCGGUUUUAGCGUCUCCGAUGGCCUCCUGGAGAAGGGCGUCUAUGUCCACACUGUGCGCCCUGAUGGGCCAGCCCAACGUGGGGGCCUCCGGCCCUUCGACAGGGUCCUUCAGGUCAACCACGUUCGCACGCGGGACUUCGACUGCUGCCUGGCGGUGCCACUCCUGGCCGAGGCAGGCGAUGUCCUGGCACUGGUCAUCAGCCGCAACCCGCUGGCGCAGAGCAGCCGAGCCCCGCGAGCACCAGGCCCCAGCAGCCCCCGGAUGCUCUGAAGUCAGCGUGUGGUCUGGACACCCCAGGGGCUGCCCGAGUAGACCCUGACCCCCAGACCUGUAGCUGGGCUGGAG